AAUUGCACUAUAUAUUAAAUGUGUAUAUUAAAAUGCAAAACAUUAAUUCAUGCAUGGAUUUAUAUUAAAGAAUGCCAUUUGAAAAAAAGUGUGGGUGCUCAAAUGCAAGUUUUUGCCCGAAAGAUGGACAAAAUUUAAGGAAAAUUGAUGGAAAGAGAAUCCGGGUAGCAGUCAUUAAAAAACUACAAGACAUGGGUGUACUUAGCACAUAUGCAAACUUUCUGUGUGAUGGGUGUAUAAAGUACACUGAGGCAUUGUUACUCGAGGAAACAUCCAGUAAGAGAAAAAAGAGCACCCUAUUGGGGGAAGUUAUGGAAAAAAUUGAAAGAGAUGAAUUUACGCAGACCGAAUUAGAGGAACUGACAAAAGCCAUAGGCAGGAAACAGUCGAAAGACAUUUACAAGGACAGUGUGGAGGCAGGAAAAGUUUACAAAGAUGACGACGCUUUGAAACAUUUCGACCCGUCAAAUUGGAUUAAGGAAAGAAAUGGAUGCGUGCUUGCAUUUUUUGAAGGACUAAUGGAGGAAAAAUUUUCCAAUAUGAAUUUUUCCAUGUUCUUGGUUAAUGCCCUUGAGGCCAUUUACCAACUGCGAAAUCCAAACUUUGUUGGUCCCCUGGCUUUUGCCAGAUCUUUAUUAGUAUAUUCAAAAACAGGAAGCAAAGAAGCAGUGAGCAUCACGUCUGCUUGCUCUCCAAGUGGGAGCUAUACGAGCAUUUUAAACUGGUUAAAGGACCACAGCACUGAUAAAAUCAGCUGUCCCUCAAACAGUGAUUUUAUAACAUUCUUCGACAACAACCAGGUCAUAGGGAGAAAAUGGCGAGUGAAGAAUGACUUCAAAGCAUCUUCCUCGGUCAUUACUUCUGUAGCACACAUGGAAACCAAUUCUAAUAUCCAGACAUUGGAACACUACGCACCCUCUUCGUGGCAGUGCUACGAUACUACCUCAAAACAAAAUUUCGUAAAAAAUAUUAAGAGACAAGAAGAGGUCUAUGAGAAACAGUUUGAUGGUUUCAGAAAACAAUUUCUUGCUAAGAGGCUGCAGGAAGUAGCCAAUCAACAAAAGAAAGUAAAUAAUUGUCUUGAGGAUCACGUGGAUGGAAACAUUGAUCCUCCAUGUGAAACCCCUCCCCCAGACGAAAGGUACACUUAUAUUGCAUCGGGACAUAAACCUGGGCCAUCAAAGGUCAUUGCUGGGGAACCGAUAUUUGAGAAUCCAUGUUCGUAUGAAGCAGUGGAGAAAGUAUUGGAUCAUUUAAUGGAGGAGGCAAAGGUCGGUGAUGCAAGGAGAUGGACAGCUGUAGGGUGUGAUGGCCUUCCAUAUAUCCUUGCAUCACGACUGAUUGAGGAAAUUUUCAUUUGUCCGCUGUGUAGACGCCAAUAUGAUGGGAGGGCAGAAUUUCUGUCCCAUAUUAAUGAAACACACCACACAGACAACUCAGAGGAUGGGCGAAAAUACAAGGAUGUUCUCAUGUUAACAGGCAUGCAUGGUUUUCAUGUCCAUAAAAUAAAAGUGUCGAGCAUUUCCUGAAAAAUAUUAUUAAACAUUACAUUUAUGAUAUUAUUUUUGCAAUAUUUCA